GAUCGGGUGAAUGAUGCAGCACUAACCACCAGCACCACCACAGAAAGGAGGAGAAGAGGAUCGAGCUACACAAGCAGCAUCUCUGUAUUGGAUUGUCAGCGUCAGCCACGGAGAAACAAAGCACUGGCAGACAUAAAGGAAAGCAGCAGGCAGAUCUAUUCAUAUUGUAGGAUGUAUACAUAAGUAUAGAAAAACUAGCAAUCUCACAUUUACCGCUUGGUUCAGAUGCAAGUGUGUUGUACCUACGACUAAGGAAUUAACUGAAGAGCUCAAGAAAUACAAGCCGUUUGGGGGGUCUUGCUGCCCUUGUAUCAGCUGGUUAUCAAUGAUGGCAUUGUAAGAUAAAGCAAGUAAAUUACCAGCCUAACAAACAAUGGCCAACCGCAGGAUCAGCAUCAUCACCAAGGUUAUUUAAAGUCAAUCAGGAACACGGUGACCUUCAUUUUCUACAGCAUGUGUGGCACGCUGAAAAAACAUCAUUGCUUUUUGUUUCCAAGAAGAAUGUUUUGUUUUGCUCAACUGGUUUGCUGAUAAGGAAAAGCAAUGCUUUCAUGAACUAGUGAAUCUGUAAUAAUAUUAUUUUGAUAUAAGCAGAUACAAAUUUCAGUGGAGCUGAGUGAUUUGAAACAAGUGAACAAAAAUGAGGGAUAUGUUCCUCAGAAUACACUUGUUACUUGGAUUAGCUAUUGCUACCCAUGGGCACACUACACCAAAAAAGAUGGAUUGUCCUCAUUCAUGUUCAUGUGAAAUAAGGCCCUGGUUUACUCCAAAAUCUAUUUAUAUUGAGGCUCUUACAGUGGAUUGCAAUGCAUUAGACCUUUACAGUGUUCCAGACAAACUACCUGCAAAAACACAGAUCCUACUCUUACAAGCAAACAACAUUGAAGAAAUAAAAAACACUGAUCAUUUUCCUGUUAAUCUAACAGGCUUGGAUUUGUCACAAAACAAUUUAUCACUGAUUGCAAAUAUCAAUUUUACAAACAUGCAUCAAAUUCUUUCGGUGUACCUUGAAGAAAAUAAACUCACUGAACUGAUGGAGGGAUCUUUUUCUGGACUGGAGAAUUUACAGGAACUUUACAUUAAUCAUAAUUUGAUAUCUGUAAUAUCACCAAAAGCAUUUGCUGGGGUAAGCAAUCUUCUCAGGCUUCACCUCAAUUCAAAUAGAUUGCAAAUGAUAAACAGCAUGUGGUUUGAAGCAAUACCAAAUCUUGAGAUCCUUAUGAUUGGGGAAAAUCCUAUAGUCAAUAUUGAAGAUAUGAACUUUAAGCCUCUUAUCAAUCUUCGCAGCCUGGUUUUAGCAGGAGUUAAUCUAACAGAAAUACCUGAUAACGCCUUUUUAGGGCUUGAAAAAUUAGAAAGCAUCUCAUUCUAUGACAACAAAUUUAUUCAUGUUCCCUCUGUUGCUCUUCAGAAGGUUGUGAACCUCAAAUUUUUGGAUCUUAAUAAAAAUCCUGUUCGGAGAAUACAAAGGGGAGAUUUUAGUAACAUGCUACACCUGAAGGAGCUAGGGAUUAAUAAUAUGCCAGAAUUAGUUUCCAUAGACAGCCUUGCUAUUGAAAAUUUACCAGAACUGAGGAAAAUAGAAGCAACCAAUAAUCCCAAAUUGGCAUAUAUUCAUCCUAAUGCAUUUUACAGACUUCCAAAACUGGAAACACUGAUGCUCAACAGUAACUCUCUUAGUGCCAUAUACCGGAGUACAAUUGAAGCAUUGCCCAAUCUUAAAGAAAUAAGCAUUCACAGCAAUCCAAUGAGAUGUGAUUGUGUCAUUCGCUGGAUCAACAUGAACAAAACAAGCAUCCGUUUUAUGGAACCAGAUUCAUUGUUCUGUUUUGAUCCCCCUGAAUUUCAAGGUCUAAAUAUCAGGCAAGUCCACUUUAGAGAAAUGAUGGAAAUAUGCCUUCCGCUGAUAGCACCUCAGAGCUUCCCCUUGGAUCUGGAUUUGAACACAGGCAGCUCUGUUUCACUGCACUGCAGAGCAACUGCAGAGCCGGAGCCUGAAAUCUACUGGAUCACACCAUCUGGUUAUAAACUUGUACCCAAUAUUGCUUCAGGUAUAUUUUAUGUUCACCCAGAGGGCACACUUACGAUAAAAAAUGUAAGCCUAGCAGAAGCUGGACUUUAUACUUGUGUCGCAAAGAAUUUGGUUGGUGCCGAUUUAAAAACUAUUUUAAUCACAGUGGAUGGAUCCUUUACUGGGGAAGUCAAUGGCUCUUUAAAAAUUAUUAUUAAAGAAGUCCAGUCAAAUUCAGUUAUGGUAUCGUGGAAAUCAAAAUCUAAGAUUCUGAAAUCAAGUGUACAAUGGACUGCUUAUGUAAAGACUGAAUAUACCCAAAUUGCUCAUAGUGUCCGAAUGCCGUCAGAUAUUAAGCAGUACAAUUUAACACGCCUUAAUCCAUUAACUGAAUAUGAAAUCUGUAUAGAUGCACCUAAUAUUUACCAACACAUUGAAAAGCAAUGUAUUAAUGUCACCACAAAAGGGAUGGAUACAAUGAUGAAAGAACGUGAAUUUAUCAAUUCAGCAACUGUAAUUAUUACACUUUGCUGUAUUUUUGGAAUCAUUGCAGUAGCCUUUAUUUUUAAUUCUACAUCUUCCUAUUUGAAGCAUAAUUCAGAUAAAUAUACUAGGAACAGCAUACAAAUACCGGCAUUUGCUUAUAGCGACCUUUAUCCUCCUCUGUUAAGUCUUUGGAAUGCAGACAAAGAAAGCACAGCUCUCGAAGUAAAAGCCACUGUUAUAAAGGUGCCAACAAACUCACCAUAAAGUCUAUUUGGCCAACUUAUGGAAUACAAACAAGCACAAGAUUAUAGUUGUGCUUUUCUUGAAGCAGGAAGAUGUUUUGUAAGACAAAAUGACUUCAUUGCAACUGCUGAAAGCUACACAGGAUCAGCCUAUGGAUGAUUUCCAUUUUGGCUUAAUGAAAUAGUAAGUCAGACAGCAAAGUGCUCCAUGAUAAACCAGAAAAACUUGGGGGUGUAAACAUAACUUUCUUUGUUAAACAUAAUUCAAGGAAAUAACUCUUUUAUGUAUUUGAUUAUUAUUUUAUAUAUAUAUAUAUAAGUAAAUAUAUAUAUAUAUAUUACACCUUAGAUAAACUAAGCAAUACCUCCUCACGUGAUGUAUAAUACCUUUUAGCAAAGAGUUUUUGAAGUGAUGAGACAAACUAGAUUUGAAACUCGGUGUUGCAAAUGGAAAUUUCUGUAGAGUUGUAGAGGCAGUAAAUGUACUUUUUUAUGGAGAAAAAUACAUUUUUUGAUUAAAAUAAAAAUGAAUUGU